AAGAAUAUAAUAAUAUAAAUUUAUAUAUGUAUAUAAAAUUUAUCAUGGUAUACAAGGCAUUAAGAUAAUAUAUAAUAAUAUUAUAAUGCCAGUUAAAUAACACUUGGUGGUCACUGGUCAGUUGUCAAAUAAAUAUAGAUACAUAACGACAACAUUGACGAGCAAUGAUAGCUCAAGUUGAUCAAGUUUUACAAGUUUCAAAAGGUUUGGGCACUAGACACUGGCAAUGUCUACUAUUUUUUUUAGGAAUUUCCAUUGCAUACACAAAUCGAAUAUGCAUGUCCAUUGCUAUUGUUGCAAUGCAAGAUGAAUCAAUUGAAACAGGAAAUAAAUUGGAAGCAAGUGGUACAAUAUUAUCAUCAUUUUUUUGGGGAUAUACACUGAUGCAAAUACCCUCAGGAUAUAUGGGUAGAAAAUGGAGUGCAAAAAUGGUACUUGGUUUAGGUAUAUUGAUAAAUGGAAUAUCUGGUUUAUUGUGUCCUCUUGCAUAUGACCUUGGUGGUUGGAUGACACUAUGUGCUUGUAGAAUAAUAAUGGGUCUUAGUCAAGCAGCUUUAUUACCAUGUGUUCAUACACUUUUAUCAAAAUGGGUACCACCAAAUGAACGUGGAAAACUUUGCAGUGGUACUUAUUCUGGUGCACAAUUUGGUACAAUAAUUGCUUAUCUUGCAUCUGGAUAUCUCAUUGAUAUUGCUGGUUGGAGAUUUGUAUUUUAUUUUUGGGGAACAGCUGCAAUAAUAUGGUCAAUAAUAUUUUUAAUAAUUGGCUCUGAUUCACCAUCUUCAUCAAGCAAAAAAACAUGUUGUAGUAUUAGCAAAGGAGAAAAGAAAUAUAUCGAAAGUAGUCUUGGUGUUUAUCGUGAUUUAGAAAAACCCAUUACAACACCAAAUAAAAAGAAUAGAAAAACACCAUGGAAAGCAAUACUAGAAUCAGUACCAUUUUGGGCUUUAAGUGUUGUUCAUUGUGGUCAAAAUUGGGGUUACUGGAUGCUUUUAACUCAAAUACCAGCAUACCUAAGUGGUGUACUUAAACUUUCAAUAAAAGAAAAUGGAUUAAGUUCUUCAUAUCCAUAUAUUGCCAUGUUGAUAUUAACAGUACCAAUGAGUUUAUUAUCUGAUUGGAGUAUCAAAAAAGGUGUACCACAUGGUGUAACAAGAAAAGUAAGCAAUACAAUUGGUCAUUGGGGACCAGGUAUUGCACUUAUUGCAUUAGCCCUAAUAACACCAACAGAUAAAACAUUACCAGUUGGUAUUCUUGUUGUUGCUGUUGGUCUUAAUUCUGGUACACUAUGUGGUUUUCAAAUUAACCAUAUGGAUCUUAGUCCAAAUUACGCUGGUCUUUUAAUGUCAAUUACCAAUUUUUUUGCAUCAUUUAUUGCAAUUGCAGCACCAAUUAUUGUCAGUUACAUUGUAACAGAUCAAACGGAUAUUAAUCAAUGGCGUACUGUAUUUUAUGCUACUGCUGCUGUUUAUUUUAUUGGUAAUUUAAUAUUUAUCAUAUUUGGAUCUGGUAAAACUCAAUCAUGGAAUGAUUAUAAUAAUUUACAAAAUAAUAAUAAUAAUAAUAACAAUAAUAAUAGUAAUAUUAGUUUAAGAAAAAAUCAAACAAAUUCUAUAAGACCAAGGUCAUCAUCAAUAAUACCUGGAGAUGUUAUACCUGAUUUUAAUUGAGCCUAGACUAUUUCAAUAAAUAUAUCCAAUAAUUAUUUUAAUUAUUCAAUUGAUGUUAUUAUUAUUUAAUAAUAAUAUACAUGUUUAAUAAACAGUCAUUUUUUAUUUUUUAAUUUAUGUAAAUUUAUAAUAUCAAAGAAAAAAUCAUUGAUAGAAAAAAAAAAUUAAUUAAUAAAUCAUGUAUUACACAAAUUUAUAAAGUAAAAGUAUUUAGAUUAAACUGAUCAUUUAUCACUUGAUUUUGCACUCGAUUCAGUAGACAUAACUCAAAGAAUAAAAAAAAAAAAAAAAAAUGUGUUUGGAUUGGUAGUAUACUUGAGAGAUUAGAUUAGUGUUUUUUUUUUUUUUUUCUUUUAAUUUAUAUUCAUCGUUUAUGUAUACUUGUGACAACAUAAGAGUUGAACUUCAUUCAUUCAGUUAUUUACGAUUUAAAAGGAACUUGAAAA